CUCUUCUUUUCCCCCAUGAGUAUUUCUUCUGCUCUGGCCAUGGUCGUCCUGGGGGCCGAAGGCAAUACUGCGGCCCAAAUCUCAAAGAUGCUAUCCGUGAAGAAAACUGAAGAGAUCCACCAGGGAUACCAGAACCUGAUUUCUGAAAUUAACAAACCAGGCACCAAAUACUUGCUUAGAUUGGCCAACAGGCUCUAUGGAGAAGCAACCUAUGACUUCCUCGUGACUUUCACAGACACGUGUGAGAAGUUUUACCAUGCAGGUUUAGAGAGACUUAACUUUGUGGAAAAACCAGAUGAUUCUAGAAGACACAUAAAUUCCUGGGUCGAACAAAAGACAGCAGGUAAAAUCAAAAACCUGCUCACUGAGGGAAUAAUUGACUCUCUUACAAAGCUGGUCUUGGUGAAUGCCAUCUACUUCAAGGGAAACUGGGCAAAUCAGUUCCUCCAAGACCGCACAAAGGAAAGGCCAUUCAAAAUUAACAAGAAUGAAAGCAGACCCGUGCAAAUGAUGUACAAGAAAGCAAAAUUCAACAUGGCCUACAUAUCUGAUUAUCAAACCAAAAUUCUUGAGCUCCCUUAUGUUGAAAAUGAGCUGAGCAUGAUCAUUCUGCUUCCUGAUGAAAUCCAAGAUAAUUCCACUGGCCUGGAAAAGCUGGAGAGAGAAAUAACCUAUGAGAAGCUCAUGGACUGGGUCAACCCAGAGAUGAUGGACUUAACAGAAGUUGAGUUGUCUUUACCCAAGUUUAAACUGGAAGAACAAUAUGACCUGAAGCCGAUUCUGGGCAGCAUGGGCAUGGCAGAGGCCUUUGACCCGGGCAAGGCAAACUUCUCCGGGAUGUCAUCCAGCAACGACUUAGUCCUCUCAGAGGUUGUUCACAAAUCCUUUAUAGAGGUCAACGAAGAGGGAACGGAGGCAGCUGCAGCUACUGCAGCGGUUAUGAUGUUGCGGUGUGCUCUGAUUGUGCCACGAUUCACGGCUGAUCACCCCUUCCUCUUUUUUAUUCGGCACAACAAAACCGGAACCAUGUUGUUCUGUGGGAGGUUUUGUUCUCCCUGAA